AUGCAACAACCACCACAACAAGAACGUUCGCCGACAGAAUUUCUAAGUAAUGUUAUUGGUAGACCUGUCGUAGUCAAGUUGAAUUCUGGGGUGGACUAUCGAGGAAUCCUUUCGUGUCUGGAUGGUUAUAUGAAUAUUGCCCUUGAACAAACAGAAGAAUGGGUUAACGGCCAGCUGAAAAAUAAAUAUGGAGAUGCAUUUAUCCGUGGAAAUAAUGUAUUAUACAUUAGUGCUGACAAAGCCAGAAAACGAGAACCAUUAAAUGUCCAAUGA